AUGUCGGACGACAGCGACUACGUCUAUCAUGAUGGUUCGGACGAUGAGGAGCAUCUGGACAUUUUGGACGAUCGCGCAGCACAAGACGCAACGGAGCACCAUCAAGCCUCCCCUGAUAGCAAACAAACUCAAGGCGACACAACUGCUCUCCAGCCCGAGAAGAUGUCGAAAAGAAAACGGAAAAAGCUGGAGCAGCUCCAGAAGAAGAAGGAGCUGCAGGAUAAACAGAAGUCCGUCUUGGACGAGCUGCAGCAGUACCGGCUAUCAGCGAAGGAAAUCGGGCUUCUGAACUCGACGGCGCGGAACCUCAGUUCCUGCGGCACGCGGCGCGCGGAAGUUCUAGCCGCAAAACGUGCCCGGGAGGAGGCGAAGGACGAACAAAUUUUGAAGAAGGCGAAGAUCGAGAAAGAGGAAAACGAAAAACGAAUAAGAGCGCUGGCGGACGAAGAGCAGAUGGCGAAACUGGAAUUGGCAAAGAAGAGUCAAACUUGUACGGAAGAAGUCGUGUCGGCGAAUAAAGAUGUUCUGGCGCAAGAAGCCGUAGCCGGUCUGCAGAAAAAUAACGUCGGCCGGGGCCGGCGACUGUCGAGGAAAAACAAGCAGGCGAAGCUAACUGCUGAGAAAGAAGCCCCCGAAAUCUUCGACGAGAAAGAGCGCGAGCAGGCCGUAGCUUUUGGCGCAAAACCUGGCCAGCGCGGGUUUUUGGAGAUUGAGACCGCAACGACGUUGAUAGAGUCCUCCGAUAAAGACGACGAUGAUGAUGAGCUUUCCUUGGAUCCGUUUCAGAAGAGGGCAAUGGCGAAGGCAGCUGCAGGAGCUGCUUCCGAAGAGCAAGCUGGACGGAAGACAUCGGAUACCAUGUUUGUUUCCCUGGAAAGUCUUGCUGGUGCUGCUGCUGCGGAGACACCCGGCGCAAAACCAGCCGUUGGAAGCAUGCCCAGCACAAAAGGCAAUGCGCACUCAGAAACUUGUGCCGCGGAGGCCAAAAGCAAUGCGGCCUGCGUUGACCUUCCGAAAAACUUGGAGAUUUUCAGGAUUAACAAAAAUAAGCCGAAGAAGAAGAACACAACGGCUGAUCUUGAAGUCGAUGAAGACGAGAACACGCUGCCCCCCUCGGCCACAAAUGCGAAUAAGCUUUUGACCCCGCGGGGUAGGAACAAACGGAUCACCCGCAAGACCGCCAUCGAGGAGCAGCGGAGCAAACUGCCCGCGAUCGAGAAGGAACAGGAGGUGAUCGAGGCUUGUUUGGAAAACGACGUGAUUCUCGUCGCUGGCGACACCGGGUGCGGGAAGUCCACACAAGUGCCGCAGUUUCUCUACGAAAACGGUUUUUCGGAGUUUGGCUGCAUCGCAGUAACCCAACCGCGCCGCGUGGCCGCGAUUUCGGUGGCCCAGCGGGUCGGGGACGAGCUCGCGCUGCCCGAGGUAGUAGAGCUGCAGAAGCAAGAGCAGAUCUGUUCAGAUCAGGAUCAGGUGAAUGGGGGGACUUCUAGUUCCACGACUACUGCUAGUCUUGUUCUUGACCAAAACAAGUACCUCGUCGGAUACCAAGUGCGGUACGACAAAUCGUACUUCCACCCGGAGAAGACGAAGCUGAAGUUCCUCACGGACGGAAUCGUGUUGCGGGAAAUCCAGCACGAUUUUCUCCUACCGAACUACAGCACGAUCAUCCUCGACGAAGCGCACGAACGCAGCGUGAACUGCGACAUUCUGAUCGGCAUGCUGAGUCGCGUCGUGGAGGAAAGGCGACGCAGGUUUGAGGCGGAGUAUGAAAGAAGGAAAGCUACUUAUUCUACUAGCAGGAGUUCUACUCGUCCGAAAAUAAAUCCAAAAGACGGUUGUAGUUCCACAAGGACAUCACCGACUUCUGGCGCGAUGUUGAGCCGUGAACCCGAGGACCAAGAUUCUGAUCAUCCCGAAAACUUCUCCACUUAUCCGAAGACCUCCCUCCCGUUGAAGCUGAUCAUCAUGUCCGCAACUUUGCGAGUGUGCGACUUUACGGAGAACACGCAGUUGUUCUCCAAGCCACCUCCGGUGGUCCGGAUUGACGCGAAAACCUUCCCCGUCGCGGUGCAUUUUGACAAGCGGACUUCGCAGGACUACCCGAAGGACGCGGCGAAGCGGGCGCUAGAGAUCCACGAGAAACUGCCGUGCGGCACGAUUUUGGUUUUCGCGACCGGGAAAUCGGAGGUGCACAGAAUCAUCCAUUUGAUCAAAAAGGAGCAUGGCAUGAAGGCGAGAAGGAUAAAAAAGAACGGUGGCAACAAGAACGGAAAUGAUUCUGCAGGAGCAGCAGGUGCGGACGAAGACGGACAGGACAGUAGAGAUUCUGAUUCAGACGGCGAUCAGGAAGAUGAGAAUUACGAACUUGGGAACCACGACUCCGAGGCAGAGGAAGACUUCGAUGAUGAUUUGACGGCAGUCCCACAAGUUGUACAAGAUGAAAAGGAAAUGGAAAGCAUAGAAACGGUUGACAGUGUCAAUGUGGAGAGCGAAGCAAAGCGAGCGAAGAUGGGUCUUCGUGGCGAAAAAAUGAAAAAGAAAAAGCUCCUCCAGGACUUGAAAUCCAAACUCGCAGAAGACAGAGCAGUAGGUGCGGGGAUCACUAGUUCUACGAAAGCAGGUGUCAAGAAGAAGAAGGUUUUGAAGAGGAAAAAAGUUGACAAAGAGACAACUACAAGUGCAACUUCUGCAACGUCAGAAGUAAAGUCCGCAAGCGCACCGGAAACUACCGCUAUUGAUGAAGAAGACGAUGAGGAUCUUCUUCCAGAGGAUAUCUUCCAGCUCGACAAGGAAGAGGAUUGCGUUGACUUGGUCACCGCAAAUACAACAAGCGAAACCCAAAACGAUAAUUCCACGCAAAACGCUACCUCAUCUACUUCGCUGAAUAAAGAGAACAAGCGUAUCCAGAUGUCAAAACUCGACCGCAGCCGCACGGCCCGCGGGUUGUUCUGUGGCGGAGACAAAAACACGGAGAACGUGAAGCUCACGGUGUUGCCUCUCUACGCGCAGCUGCCCGCCCGGGAGCAGAUGCGGGUUUUCGACAAACCACAGGAAAACGAGCGAAGGAUUAUCGUGUCCACGAACGUGGCGGAAACCUCUGUGACGCUCCCUAAUGUGAGAUUCGUCGUCGACGCGGGGUACGAGAAGAAGCGGAACUUCACCCCAAGCGGAAUUUCUUCCUUUUCCGUCCAGUUCAUCAGCAAAGCCAGCGCCGACCAGCGCGCAGGCCGGUCCGGCCGGGUCGGGCCGGGGCAUUGCUACCGGUUGUACAGCUCCGCGUGCUACAACGACGUGUUCACGCAGUUCCCCCCGAUCAACGUGCUCAGCGUCCCGAUGGACAGUGUUUUGCUGUCGAUGGCCUCGAUGGGCAUUCCGGACCUGGACAAGUUCCCCUGGCCGACGCCGCCGCCCGGGAAGAACGUGAACGCCGCGCGAAUGCGCUUGGAAGCGCUGGGGGCGUUUUCUUCUUGUUCCUCAGUUGGAAAAGGUGAGAAUUAUGCCGCGACGUCGUGUAAUAUCAUCAGUAAUAUAAAGAAGAACAGCAGCAAUAUUACGACGAUGGGACGGCGAUUGGUUCUGUUCCCGCUUCAACCCAGGUACAGUGUGAUGCUGUAUCAAGCGCUGCAGAAGGCGCUCGAGUUGUAUGGGAAGAGAAACAGUACUGCAGUGGAUGGUGGGGGUCAACAUGGAAGUAAAGCGAAUGCAAGUUUAACUUCGAAGAACUACAAAACACUCGCCCAACUUCUCCUCCAAUCCGCCUGCCUCCUGACUGCCGCGCUCUCCACGGGGAACGUGCUAACCUGGAACGCAGGCACUGCUAGCGCUAAAGCGGCGGGGCAAGCGGAUAAAACAAAAGCUGACCGUCUUGAAGAUGGCGAUGCCGCAGAAACAACCUCCGACAUGGAAGGUGUUGACGAGCGUCCAGCAGACAAAAACUUCGCUCCCGGCGACGAUGAAGUCGACUCCCUGACCCGGAAACAGCAGCAAGAGCUCGGCAUCUCCACUAUGAAGCGCGGAGGGGUGGUCGAGAAGAACGGGAAGGAAAUCAAAGAGCCCGACUGGUGCUUCGAUUGCCACGACGACAUGGAGGCCUUGCUCUGGGCCAUGACGGAGGUGCAUGCGCGGUUUGGCGGCAAGACCACACCUACGAAAGGAGCAGAUGUUCUUCAUGGAGACCAAACAGAACAAACGGGAGCAAACUCUACAACCUCUAAAGACAACUUCUGCAUCACCAACUGGAUAAAUCCGAAGCAGAUGGAGGAGGCCCAGAAUCUGAGCAGUCAGCUGCUACAGAUUCUGAAAACAAAGCUUUCACUGCCGAAGGGACUGAUCUGCGUUGCUGACAGUGCACAAAAACCCUCAUUGUCGAAGAUGUCGGCUGCCGGUAAAAUAAAGGUAGCAACCAGGCCCAGUUUCAGAGUUCUGAAGCAGCACAACAUCAUGCACCACCUCCGAACCACGAUUCUCGCUGGCUUGGUGGACAAAAUCGCGAGACAGUCUGUGGAAAAACCGAAGCUCUACGAACUCGCGCUCCAAAAUCCAAAUUUUGCACAGCAAAACAGCUUCACAAAGGUAAACGCGGCUUUACACAUUUCUUCUCGGCUACUGAAGGAGCGCCCACAUCUGCUGUGCUACGUGGAUUUGCAGUCCUCUGUGUGCGGGAGAACCGGAAAGCAGAAAUUCUUCCUGUCCGGCUGUAUGGCGGUUGACACGGUAGAGUUGAGCAGGUUGAACUUGUUGAAUCUCGCUAUUUCCGAUGGUCGUGCGGUCGAGGAGCAACAAACGCGCACUACAAAAACGACCGACGCGGCGUUCACCUCGCCGCUGCUGUCCUAUGCCAAUGGCGUGCUGGCGAUUCCGACGCCCGUUUUGGCGGACAAAUUUAGCGGGAAAAUUACUGUGCACUGCCAACCGAGAUACUUGCCUUUGGAUAAAAUGCUGUUGCCAACCGUACCGAACGUCGACUUGGCGGAAAUUGAGAGAACAGUGGCAUUGACGACACACAACUCGUUCGCGUCUUCCGUUGACAAGAACAACUGCGGGGGAACAGUAAAUGAUCUUCCCAAAAGUAGCACUACAUUGUCCAGCUACACGGGCGGCAGCAUUCCGGAAGUGCAGACCCUUCGGUACCGGGUGUUUGCGAAAGCGCUGCUGGAGGGAGCUAUUUUUCCGCAGUUGAAGCGACAGGAGUUUCGGAUCGACCGGUCGUGUCCCAUGGACCGCAUUCUCACUUCGAAACAAAGCGAACUCGUCGGCACUUGUGGCUUGCAUGUCGCGGACUUGGUGCAAAAUCUGGUAAAAUUAGGCGUGAGCAGCAAAACCGCGUUCUUGGAGGCGGAUAGGAGGAGAAAUGGCGCUUUGCGCGGCCUGUAUUUGAAUUGCUUGCCGAAGAAUAGUCGCAGUCAGGCGAUGAGGCUGCUGGCAGAGGCGGUCGUUGGAAGAUAA